CAGUUCUUCACGACUCGUCAUCUUACCAUCUUGAGCAUCUUGAGUGUGCCUCCUCGCCAACCAGCCAUUCCAACGAGCCUGUAAAGACAGUAAUAAUGGCGAACAGUACUGUGUAUGCCAUGACUAUCAAUAUAACGAACAACACCGACAAUGAUCUCAAACCGUUGGGUGCCACCUUCUACGACGGGGAUGGCGACGUACAACAGCAGCCGAAGACGGUCCUAGCUCACUCGACCGGCGACGGCGGCGUCCUGGAGAAGGUCGGAGGCACCGACGGCCUGUUUGGACUGGUGGCCUAUGCCACGCCGGAUCCGACGCAGACACUUGUCAUAUACAUCACCAUGCCGGCAUUGAGUGGGACUAACAAUCAUUGCUGGGUUGGACUCGUCCCUUCCAGCACCAAUAUUAAUCCGGCACUCGCGAAGUCUUGCUAUGACGGCCCUCCAAGUGGAUUCUCGGAGGGGCAAAUCACAUGGAAAUUCUCCCAGAGCGGGGAGAAAUUCUUUCUCGUUGUUAAACCGUCCGUGGCCGAUAAGAGGGCCUACCUCACCUCGUCUACCGUCGAGCUAGACAUUUAUCACCAAGGGUCUGAGCCGUCCGGCUCUUGAUUCACUACACCACCGCCGUCUGUUGCCACCCUCGGAAGCAUGCGCCUUUCCGUUGCGGCCUCGUGGAGAGGGCCACAGCGAGGCGCCGUGGACUUGCCCG